AUCGCUAAUAUUUCUACUGCUUAUAAUCUCUCUAGGUCUUUGGAUCUAGAGAAAGCCAUGUGCAAUUUUUAUGUGCCUAUUUGGCGAGCGGAAUACCUGCGAGACGACACGAACAAACAUCUGAUUGGCCUGGCCAGUAUCAAUAUCACAGCAGCCCUGCCGACAAUUCUUCUAAAUGCGCUGGUCAUUUUUGCCGUGGCAACAAGGCGCCGACUGCGAAACAACUCAACCAUACUUCUUGCUUGCUUAGCUGGGACGGAUUUGUUAACGGGGCUUGUUGCUCUACCGUUUGCCUUCUUGGUAGACCUGAGAAGACUCCUUGGUGCCGAGUCAUUCUGUUCGCUAGAAAAGGCAUUUAUUGUGACAGUAACCAUGGUAGGGUAUGCUUCUAUCAGUCACCUCGUCGUGAUCAGCAUAGACCGCUAUAUAGCUAUCAAAUAUCCCUUGAGGUAUGAGGAUAUUGUCACAAAAAUGCGGAUAAUAAUCAGUAUUACUCUUAGCUGGGGUUUCACGUUGUUUAUGACAAUUCAAUUUGUUCUUGUUCUAUUACACAGUAACAGAAUAUACUCGUUUUAUUCGCGCGUGAACGUAACAUUACAAAUUAUUACUGGAGCUUUUUUCAUUGUUGUUAUUUCCUGGUCUUACGGUUACAUUUACUCAGAGACAAGACGACAGAUUAAACGCAUCCAGGCCGAACAAGUGCCUCAAGAAGAAAUCCAAAGAAUCAAGAAAGACAGAAAGGCAGCCUCUACUCUGGCGAUCAUUCUGACUGCUUUGGCAAUCACUAAUUUACCAGCAAUAGUAUUCGGUUUGCUAACUGCUCUUCCAGGUAGUAUUACUGCACCACCGCGUUUUAUAUGCGUCAUUUGGAGCUGGGUAGGACUUGCUAUCAUGCUAGGCUCGCUUUUUAAUCCGAUCAUUUACUGUUGGCGAAUGAAAAAUCUACGGCGCGCGUUUCUCGAGAUACUACAUUUAAGACAACCUGAAAACACUUGGCCAGAAAUAGAAAUGAGAGAAAUUGAACGACAUCAACCAGGACCCAGCACAAACCAGGCUUUCUCGUUGCCCACAAAUGGGCAACCCGUUUUGCUAUCAUUCCGUCAUCUGCAAUCCGACUGA